AUGAGCGAGUCAACAGACCUGGCAGAACUCCAAGGCCAGGUUGUAGGAGCCUUAGCCUGUCAGCGAGACUCGUACCUUGAAAGCCUAGAUACUGUAGUAGUGUCAUGCGUCAAGAAGGAGGCUCCUCCCUUGCAGAAUGGAACUAAGAAGAAGGCCAAGGCUUCCAAUGAGGUGCAGAAGGAUACUUGGUUGAUUGAAUUCUCAGACUCGGUACUUUUUCCAGAAGGCAUGUUUUAUCCUAGGGGCGGCCAGCCUUCAGAUCAUGGAACACUGCAGCUUUUAUCUGACGCUAAUUCCGAGGCUAUCCCUAUCAAGUUUGUAGAGAGGCUCGGGCUCCGAUGUGUAUGUCAUUCGCCUCGGCCGUUGAAAGUGGGCGAACGUGUCCGCCAGAACCUCGACGUCAAGAGACGAUGGGACAACAUGCAGCAGCACACCGGCCAGCACCUUCUGUCCGCUGUGAUGAACAGCUACGAUGGCCUCAACACACUUGGGUGGGGGAUGGGAAGCGAGGGCGAUAUGAACUACGUCGACCUUGCGCGAAAACCCUCGGAAGCGGAGACGGAGGCCAUCCAAGCACGUUGCAAUGAACUCAUAUCGGAAAACGUGCCCAUCGCCGUGGACACACCUUCUGACGCCAAGCAAGACCGCCUACCUGGCGACUACGACAAAGGUAAAGGUGUUAUCCGUGUCAUCAGCAUUGGGGGCAUCGAUCGUAACACCUGCUGUGGCACCCAUCUUAGGCAGACGUCUCACAUCUCCCUUAUAUUGUUAGGAUCUACGCAGACGGUGCAUGGAAAGAACUGCCGUCUUUCCUUCACUGCCGGCCGGCGUGCCAUUGACCUCUCAGCAUCUUCCGUGGGUGCUAUGCGGUCCAUGGCUAGGCUCUGGUCAUGCGGCCAAGGGGCCGAAGAAGUUGCCGCUGCUGCAUCUCGGACGAACGAUGCCCUUGCAGACCUUAAGAAGCGAGAAAAGAAACUCUUAGCGGAGAUUGCAGCUUAUGAGGUUGAUCGUAUCAAGAGCGAGGUACGGGAAAAGAGAGCAAUUUGGGUGUACCGUGCAGACACUGGUCUGGAAUUCUUCACUGGAAUUAUUGCCCAGGUCAAAGAAUCAGUCAAGGAAGAAGGGGCCGUGUUACUGAUGGCUUCCGGGGAAGAAAAGAAGAGUGGUUCCAUUGUGAUCUAUGGAGAGCCAGGCCAUGUCCAAGUUCUCACAGGCAAGGUGCAAGAGGUUCUGGAGGGUGUAAAGGGUGGAGGAAAGGGCGAGAAAUGGCAGGGAAAGGUGACGGAGUGGAAGAAGGGUCAAUUGGAAGGGCUGAAGGAGGUUGCUCGCUCGUAUGCUGGAUCUACGGACAUGUCAUUAUAA